GGUCACUGUGUCCCUCGGACACAGCGGAUCAUUGAUCACGGAAAGAGCCGAAGAUGUCAGCUCGGUCAUGUGAUCAGCUGUGUCCAAUCAAUGGCACUGAUGAUCAGUGUAGCCCCAGCAGUGCCACCUGUCAGUGUCCAUCAGUGCCUUCAUGUCAGUGCUCAUCAGUGCCACAUAUCAGUGUCUACCAGUGCACACCAAUGCCACAUAUCAGUGCCCAUCUGAGCUGCCUUUCAGUGUCACCAAUCAGUGCCCAGUCCUAUUAGUGCCAGUCAGUGCUGCCUAUUAGUGCCAGUCAGUGCCGCCUAUCAGUGCUGCCUAUCAGUGCCAUGUAUCAGUGCUGCCUUUCAGUG